ACAUAGUACCUAUUUAAUUUAUUAGGUCGUAACCUACGCAUUUAUUAGAAACAAAAUAAUUAGACGCGUACGUCUACAAAUAAAAUUUUAUCCGACUUAUUAGGCAUUCACGAAAACUAACUGAAUAUUUUUUACAUAAAACGACUUCAAAAUAUUGGGUUCGAACAUUCUUCAACAACUUACGUCAUAAUGUUUUUCUUUUCAUUUAAAUUAGUAACCUUUUGCCUAAAAUCUAUCUUUAAGCCAUGAAAAGGGGCAUGUAUCACUAUUUGCAGAUAAUAAAUGUGCAUGUCAAAUAUAGUCUGUAAUUUUUUUUUUGUUUCAUAAGUCAGCAGUUAACAGGAACCUUUGUUAGCGAGCCACUUAUCUGAAACGUUAUCAGGAACCGGUGUAACUUGCUCCAAAAGUUAAAUUUGGCAAUUCACCCCAAUGCAACGUUUACAACUAUUUCAGUCUUGGGAAAAUAUUCAUAACUCAACAAUGAUUUAAGUUUAUACGGUCUACUCCCAGCUAUGUAUAUGUCGUGUGACAGGGCAUACCUACAUGUAUCCGUGCACUUAUUUAUUCAAAUACUUCUUUUCAUUAAAGGUAAGUAUUAAAUAAGGUACUCGCGUACAGAAUAAUUUAUAGAUUAAAAUAUUUAACAGUUUCCUUACAAUAGUAGGUAGGUACACACAUAUUUUGCGGCAGUAACAAUGCCGUACAAUCGUCGCAUAUGAAAGCAUCAAUAAAGGGUAUUCUUCACUAUUCUUCAUUAAUUAUAUUGAGCUCUAUGAAUUUAGUAUAGAUUCGGCCGAAAUAGUGUGUGUUUUCAAUGCCAUUAUUUAAAUAAUAUUAAUUUAUUUUAAUUAUGCCAAUGUUGAUCGGUAAUUUAUAUUGAUAUUGUCAUUGUAUUAAAUAGAACAAAGGAAUAAAUAAAAAUAUUAUUCAAAAAUAUAUUUUUAAGUUUAUGUUUAAUUUGACUGUACUUACCAGUACAGUUCCAGAGCUAAUUAGUACUUAGUUCAAAAGACUUUGUCUUCAGUUUGAGUAAAAGACCGUGCAAUGACGCAUCAGUCCAUAAAAUUAAAAUGUGUGCGAUGGUGUUUCUUACUAGCAACGAUGCAGAUGGUCGAUCUCGUGAAUGCCAAAUCUCCACACGUUGUUUUUAUAAUGGCCGAUGAUAUGGGUUGGAAUGACGUGUCAUACCAUGGAUCGGAUCAAAUAUUGACGCCCAACAUAGACACCAUCGCAUUCCGGAGUGUGAUCCUGCAACAGUACUACAGUGAGGCCAUCUGCACCCCCGCCAGAACUGCCCUGCUCACGGGGAAAUAUCCCAUGAGAUUAGGUAUGCAUGGACCACCUCUAUUUAACGGAGAGGACCGCGGGAUACCUCUGACAGAGCGGCUUUUACCCUCGUACAUGAAAGAGUUGGGAUAUACUACUCACCUUGUGGGGAAAUGGCAUGUAGGGAUGUCUCGACCAGAAUACCUGCCCACUGCGCGAGGGUACGACUCGCACUAUGGACCGAGAGGUGGAUUCGUUGACUAUUAUACGUAUAACAAAGUGGAGACAUGGCCGAACGGAUAUUCGCUGUUUGGGCUCGAUCUAUUUGAUGAUAAUAUACCACAAGAAGAUGAAGAACGUUACAUUGUUGAUGCGCUAACUGAUAGAGCCGUCAGGAUUAUACAUCACCACAAUGCAUCGCAGCCACUGUUUCUCCACCUCACACACACCGCUCCCCAUGCGGGCAACAUCGGUGGGUUGCUGCAGCCGCCACUCAACUCAACGGUCCAAAACCGGCACAUUGCUCAUUCGGACCGUAGACUAUAUGCAGAGGUUGUCCAGAGUCUUGACCUUAGCGUUGGGAAAGUCGUCAAAGCACUAGAUGCGAAAGGUAUAUUGAAUGAUACUAUCAUAAUAUUCGUAUCGGAUAAUGGAGCUCCAACGAUUGGCAAAACGAACAAUUGGGGUGUCAACUUGCCUUUUAGGGGACUAAAAGAAACCGCAUGGGAAGGAGCUGUUAGAGUUCCAGCCUAUAUUUGGCACUCGUCAUUCAAGCCAAGAAUAUGGGACGGGUUAAUGCACAUCACUGAUUGGUUACCAACUCUAACCACAGCUGCUGGCGGUGAAUUCAACGGAAAAAUUGACGGAAUUAACCAAUGGGAUUCCAUCGUACAGGACGGCGAAUCAAGCAGAAGAGAUGUGCUUUUAACUUUGGAAGAUAAUGAUCUCAACAGGUUUGCUUCAUAUAGAGCUGGUGAUUACAAAAUUGUAAUAGGAAAUGUUACUGGAAUGAAUAAUGAUUAUUAUGGGGAGAAAUUUAUUAUAAACAAAAAAGCCCUUCCAGCUUAUUAUCCGGCUUUAAAGUCUUGUGAAGUUGCAAGAGUAUUUGAAAGAAUGGGAAUUGUUUUGGACUAUAAUGAAGUAUUGUCAAUGAGAAACGCUACUGUUAUAAAACAGGAGGACAAGGUGAAAGACCGCACGCUAUGUGUACCAACUCCACGUCGUGGUUGUCUUUUUAACGUAAGACGGGAUCCUAUAGAAAGCCAUGAUCUUUGGGAUAAGGAACAUAAAGUUGCUGUGACGUUGACCAAGCGUGUCCUGGGUCUUUGGGCUAUGCAAGACAAAAGAGGUCCUACAAAUAUACAAGUUCAAGCUGAUCCAGCCAACUUUGACUACGUAUGGACUCCUUGGAUUCACGAUGGCAGUGAGGGAAACUCUGGUACACAAAGCAACAGGAACUCAACAUCAGAAAGUUUAGCUAAUUGCGAUAACAAGAGGCUAUUAAGACAUUUAUUAUGUAAACUAAAAGUUACCGGCCAUGGAAUUAAUUAGAAAUGUAACUUCUGCAUGGUUAGAUGCGUACUUAAUUGUUGACAUUAAUACAAAUAAAAAACAGCUUUGACUAGAGCAAAAGUGUUAUUAGUAUUACUCAUCAUUACUAUUUAAUGAUUUAUUUACUGAUACUUUAUUAACGACGUUUGUUAAGAAAUAAAUAAAUUACUAUAAAUACAAACUUGUAUUUAUUAACAAUUUUCAGCACGGUUAAACAUAUUUUGACAGACUGAAUAAUGUAAGUACGUUAAAAAUUUAAUUUUGUUCUUUUUGCGUCGCAAUGAUGUUGAAACGAUCUAAACAAUAAAAUUAGUGUACCUACCUAACUAUUAGGUUUUCUCAAUGGUAUCACUCGGAACUCUUUAAAAUAUUUAUAUGCUACCGGCAAAAAAAAUACCACAUAUUACGCGUACUUUAACUUGCCUCCAUAGUAAGAGCUGUAGAGUUUCGUUUUAUUAUUUAAUACAAUAAUACAUAAUCUGUGCCGGUCCACCUAGCUUUUAUUUCAGCUUUUGCUUUAAUAUUAUGUAAAUCAUUCCAAAAAGGGUUUUUAGGGUUCCGUACCUCAAAAGGAAAAAACGGAACCCUUAUAGGAUCACUUUGUUGUCCGUCCGUCCGUCUGUCAAGACCCUUUAUCUCAAGAACGCGUGAUCGUAUCAAGCUGAAAUUCACAUGAAAUACUCAGGUCUAUUGUCCCUUUAAGCUGUGAAAAUAUCAAACUUCUAAGCCAAGCCAAUCAAAAGAUACAGCCGAUUAUGUCGAUAUUUUCAACAAAUUUUCGACACUCGCAAAGGAAUCAAAACCUACAGGAUACUUCCCGUAAACUCAGAAACUUGAAAUUUGGCAUAAAGCAUUGUCAUAUAAUGCAAAUAUAGGAAAAAUUGCGAAAAUCACAUUUUUUUAGUUAUAUAAUAUAAUAAAAAUAUUUUAAUAAAAUGAAACUUACUA